AUGUCCUCUCCUGACCCUACUUCCCACCUUAGCUCAACACGACCGGCCGAGCAGGAUACGGUGCCUCAGGGCCAUUAUGAGCCCAAACAAGAUCCUGUCAAGGCCGACGUCGUUCACCAUCUCUACUUCGAGGACAACGACAGCUUCUUUCCACCUAGCUGGCUUGGGAAAGACACGGCGCCAUCGGAGCGCAGAUCACCGAAUCAUAGCACCAGUCAUGAUCCCAAGAAUUAG